AUGAGCAAACUGCCAAGAACUUCUGUUUCGGUAGUUGGUAAAUCUACAAGGGUUAGAUUUACAUACAACGACGACCUCGCAUUUUUGAAAGAAUUCUUGGCACACAACCCUAUGCAGAAUGAAAAUGGAUGGAAAGUAAUACAGAGGAAUCUGGAACUGAUUACAAGUAAAAAAUUCGCAAUCCGUACCCUGAAACACCAUUUUUUGCAGCUUUUAAUGGAAAUCUGGCUUGAAAAAGAUGAAAUAGAAAAAUUAGAAUAUGAUUCUAUAUUAAAACGAAAAAGACCUAUUUCAAAAGAGAAGCAAAUCUCAGAACUGGGCAAGAAGGCAGGAAACAAACACACCUCUAUAUUCCUGAACACAAAUGGAGAAGAACAUGAAAAUGAGUCUGAGAAUGAAAGUAAUCAUGAGUCUGCCACUUCCAUUUUUGAAUUGGAGGACCACAAUUACAUGAACUCUCAGGCGAUCUCAUUAAACAUCUUAGAAGAAGUAGAGGUUUCGAAUAAUGAUGAUGAUGUAGAAAUAGUAUUAUUGGGGGACAAAAAUACCAAUUCUGGCUCAGGUUCAACCCCAAGCAAUAAUAAGGCCAAAGGGAACAAAAUUUCUUUACCCAAAAGGACUCCACAGAGUGGAAGUAACAUUUUAGGUACUGCUCGUAAAAGACUGAACAAAAAAGAUCCAAUCCGGAAAAAUGCACCAUUAUAUUUAAGUGGAAAAAGUCAGAAAGAAAAUGAAUUGAAAAGGAAAGAACUAGAACUAGAAGAGAGAAAACUGGCUAUUGAAGAGCGACGAUUAGAUUUGGCAGAUAGAAAAUAUGAACUGGAUAAACAGAGGCUGGAAAUAAAAUCUAAAGAAAGGCUACAGAAAAUUGAAUAG